AUGCCGCCUCCGAAUAAACGUCAAAAACACAGUAAUACUUUGGCUGCGAGAAGAUCGAUAGACAGUCUUCCCUCGGAAAGUUCAGAAGAUUAUUCUGACGAAGAAAAAAAAGAAGAAACAGUUCCAUCUGAAUCUGAUGAUCAAAUUGAUUAUAUUAAUUUCAAGGAUGAUUCAAUAAUUCAUGAUAUUUCUGAUUUAUUUUCUUUCUGUGAAACAAAAAUUAAUACUCGUUACCUCAGUACUCUUAUCUACAUGUCAUUACGUCGGUUCGGUCAUACUUUUCGAGAUGCAGAUUUGUUUUUAUCAACAAUUGGAGGGAUGACAGCUAAAACGUGUAAGAAAUGGACAGAUAUAUUGGUGAAUCAUGACUUCGAUGAUUUUGUAGUAAAAGCAUAUCAUGAUGGAAAAGAUUACUUGGAAGUACUAUCAAUGUUUUUCAGUGGUUUAUGUAAAGAUAAGAUUUUGAGUCAUCGUAAAAUUACCAACACGAAUAUCGAUGAUUAA